AUGCAUCCUUUCCCAUCAUACACCAAGGAAUGGCACUCCAGCUCCUACCCCUCGAUCUCACCCACUCGUCCUGAACUCUCACUUUCAGGCAAAACCAUCGUCAUUGCUGGAGGCGGAGCAGGAAUCGGUCUUGCCAUCUCCAAGUCCCUCGCUCAAGCUGGCGUCAGCAAAUUGGCUAUCAUCGGACGUCGAGCUGCAGUCCUUUCCGACGCUGCGACUUCGAUCCACGACCUCGUCGGAGACAAAACUCAAGUCCUCACCAUCGCAGCAGACAUAUCCGAGAAAAUGCAAAUCGACGAAGCCUUUGCCGAAAUCGGCAAGAAUUUCGGCGCUAUUGACAUCCUCAUCCCAAAUGCUGCCUACUUCACUGGUGUCAGGCCUUUUGGAGAAGAAAGCGUUGAGGAUUGGGAAAAGAACUUGAAUGUCAAUGUCAAGGGAAUGUACCUCGUUGCUAGUGCUUUCCUCAAACAUGCUGCGAAGAAUGCUAGCAUUAUCAAUAUCUCGACAGCUAUGAUUCAUCUCCCACCCUUUGGAGGAUUCUCGUCUUACUCUGCGACGAAGCUUGCAGGUACCAACAUCAUGGAUAGCAUUCAGAAGGAACAUCCGAAUGUUCAUAUCGUCAACGUUCAUCCUGGACGAGUGAGAGAGACUGAGAUGGCCGGAAGAGCUGUGGGUCCAGAUCAUAUCGAUGAUGCUGAUCUCGCUGGAGAUUUUGUAGUCUGGUUGGCAAGUGAGGAAGCAAAGUUCUUGAACGGAAAGUUUGUCUGGGUCAAUUGGGAUGUUGAUGAGUUGAAAGCAAAGGCGAAAGAGAUCCAGGAUAGUGCUCUGCUGUCCAUUGGCCUGGUCGGUUUCUCUGAUUUCAAAUAUUGAAGCACGAC